CUCAUACGGUCGAAUAGUAUAGAAUUACAAGCAAGCGUCUGCGGAUACUCUGCAAUCAACGGACGGGUGCGUGCUUGUAAAUCUUCUUUAUUCUCAGGCAAUCCUCUCCCCAUAACCCCUCGAUACUGUUUGCGGCCCAUGGCUUUCAAGUCGUACCCUUAUAGGGGACACGCGCAGGUCUGACAAUGCCGGGAUAUGGCGUGUGCCUCGAUUGGUAUGGUUGCAAUUGUAGGGCCUGGAGGGCAAGUACAGCAUGGCAGCACUGCCGUAGUCACCGGAGCUGGAGUUGCCAGCGCAAGGCCAGCGAGAGCGAGCAACAUGAUUCGAAGACAGUGCGCUGUGAACAUGUUGCCGAUGCGUAUUAUACCCGUGCUCCCAUUCCAACGCUGCCUAUGGAAAAUGACAUGAAUUUCCUAGUGCUCACGGCCAUCGUUAGCGACUUCCCAUGGCACUACCGCUGGCGAAUGUCAAGUUGAUCCAGGCACAAAAGCGCAUCCAAACGUGUCUUCGACCGACAAGAAUGCAUUAUCCGGAGUGCGAACCGUGCAAGUCUCGCAAUGACUCUGGAUGGCACUGCACCCGACGACGUAUUAUUCAUAUACAUUGCAUUGAGAUAUUCAGUUAGACACUCUGUCCCAGGGAUUGCCACCGACGCCUCGGUUCUCAUUUGGUACAGGUGCACCAAGAGCAGUAUAUCUGUUUCAGUGAGCUCCAUACCAGCAUCUACCACUC